AUGCUGCCCAUUCCCCAACAUGCUCCACCACCGCAAGCACCGCCUCCACCAACGACCAACUACCUGCGCACGGACUUCACGACCGGCCGGCGUCCGGCCACCACGACCGCUGCAAUGCUCAAGUCCCGCGAGGCGGGAGGAGGAAUAGGAAGCGACGGCAUCCGCACCAACUUCACCACCAACCGCAAGACGCCGAACCCGGUGGCCGCCUUCAUCAACGGCCAAAUGGCGGGUGGGGCUCAGAGCAGCCACUCAGCCACGGACUACGCGAACGUGGAGCCCACAGCCAUGCCCUUCGUGUCGAGCACGGACCCGCCGGAGGAAGUGACGACCGACCCGACCAAGGGAUUUCGAGGCAACGGCAGCAAUCUCAAGCUCUCGGUCAGGUACAUGAUCAUCGGCGCGGUGGCCGGUCUGGGGCUGGGCAUCCUGUUCGCCCACAUCGGCGUGUCCGACAUCGCGGCCCAGUGGAUCUCGCUGCCAGGUGACUUGUUCCUGCGAGCGGUUAACUCGCUGGUGGUGCCCUACGUCUUCUGCUCGGUGGCGGUGGCUGUAGGUGACAUCGUGUUCGUGGGCAAAGUGUCGAUAGUCGGGCUGCAGACGCUCAAGAUCUUUGCCACGGGGUGGGUCGUCUCCACGACGCUCGGCAUUGCCGUAUCCUUCGUGUUCCGGCCGUUGUUCCGGCUCAAAAAUCACUACGCCAGUCCGGACGCCAAUGGUGUGGGCUUGACCUGUCCGAACGGCCUCAUGCUCGAAAUGUUGAGCAACAGCAGCAUCACAUGCUCGUCGAGCGCUACGGCGCUGUCGGUGGACAACGCGUUCGUGCUGGACGACGUUAACAGCGUCUUCGAGACCAACAACGACGCGGUGAUCACCGACUUGACUCUGAGCAAACAACUCAUCUCCACGCUCGAGUCGGUCGUGCCGGACAACAUCUUCUCGUCUCUGGCAGACGGCGACCUGCUCUCUAUCAUCACGUUCGCCAUGGUGUUGGGCUCCAUCGCAGGCCGCAGCUACUUCUCCAAGACUCGACGUGUGAACUACCUGUACCUGGUGCUGCUGCAGCUUCGCAACACCUUCUUCUUGGCCAUGGAGUGGGUCAUCUGGGUCACGCCCGUCGCCGUUGUCUCCACCAUCGCGGGGGCCUUUGCGUCCAACCAAGACGCCGUGAGCCAGCUACCUAAGGUGUACAUGUUCCUCGUGGCCUGCAUGACGGCCGCAGCGCUUCAGAUCCUGGUCGUGUACCCGUUUGUCAUCUUCCUGCUGGCGCGUUGCAACCCCUACAAGCACAUGCACCACAUGAUUCGGUCGUAUCUCUUCGCGUUCGGCUCCUCGUCGUCGCUGGCUACGGCUCCUGUCACCCUCGGCUGCGUCCAGAAGGCGCGAGUUUGCUCGCAGUCUAUCGCCACCUUUGUCGUGUCAAUCGGCGUCGUCACGAACAUGUCGGGUUCUGGAUGGUACUAUCCGAUCGGAGUCAUCUUUCUGGCCGAGUCGUCGGGCAAUGGCGACCAACUCACGUUCCUACGUCUCGUUGCGAUCUUCUUCCUUAGUAUCGUGGCUUGCGCGGGCACGCCCCCCGUGCCGAAUGGAGGGGUGGUGGUCAUGUCCACCAUGUACAAAACUGUGUUCGGUGUGAGCGCGCUGCCUUCUACCUGGGCGCUGUACCUUGCCAUGGACUUCUUCGCCGACCGGCUGUCGACUAUUUGCAACGUAAACGACGACAUCAUGGCUCUAAAGGUCAUUGCAGAGAAUACGGACGAGACCGUGGCGGGUGAUUACCUCGGCCAGCGCAGCUAG